AUGCACGCCCGGUUGCGCGGUCUAGCAAUUCAAACAUGGUGUGACCAUGGCUUUCCCACUAAAGGCACCAGAUCGAUUGGUUCGUGCGGUCAUCACGAGACAGAUGGCAUUGUCGCCAAAAAGCAAACGGGUCAUCGCCGCUCAACACGGGAUACGCAAGGCCCUCUCCUUCGAGGGCCAGCUUCAAAGGAGACUACAAUCUCCACUGCCAGUCACGGCUAUAACACUAAGCGAUUGCCUACUUCAUCGGCAAUUCCUUUUCUCUCUCGUCCAGUUCAGUCCGAGAUGGCCCCAAAGAGUACACAAGACAGCAUGGUGCCCGAGGCAAAAGGAAUCAAGUACGACGAAUGCGAGAUGGCCCUCUUCCGUGCCAAAUUAUCUUAUCACGCUACGAUCGACGAGCGGAUGGCGACCAAGAAUUCAAAUCUGACAUCAAUUGCGGAAGCCCAGGCUCGAAUCCUUAAGGGAUGGGAAAUACAGAUGCAGGGCACAAAGGACUUGGCGGGCAAGAACGAGGGUCGCUCGGCGAGCGAAAAGAGAGCAAUGGCACAAUAUGAGUGGAGAUAUACGGCGCUGGAGAAUGCUGCGACAAAGACCACUGGGAAGGGAUAG